GCAGCACGAAGAGGAGCACGAGGAGCAGCAGCAGCAGCAGGAGGGUCGCGAUGCCGCUGUGCGCGCGGGCCGCUGUGAUGGUGGUGGCGGCUCUGGCCGCGCUGCUGGUGGGACGAGUUCGCGCCCGGGACCGGGAGUUCCACGUUGCUGUGCGGGAGGUGGACUGGGAUUACGCGCCCGGCGGUGGCAGCGGCGUGUCGCCGGAGCAAGGGCACGCUCACAUGUACCUGUCCCAGGGCCCGGCGCGGAUCGGCAGCGUUUACCGCAAGGCGGUGUUCCGCGAGUACACAGACUCCUCCUUCUCGCUCGAGUCUCCCCGGCCGGCCUGGCUGGGCCUCCUGGGGCCCGUGCUCCGAGCCGAGGUGGGCGAUGUGCUGCGUGUGAACCUGCGCAACUUGGCGAGCCGCCCCUACGGCCUGCACCCCCACGGCGUCUUCUACGACAAGCGCUCUGAAGGAGCGAGGUACCCGGACGGAACGUCGGGCGACGACAAGCUGGACGACGCGGUGCCCCCCGGCGGGAGGCACACCUAUGUGUGGGAUGUGCGCGAGGAGUUUGGGCCCACGGCCGACGACCCGGCGUGCCUCACGUGGGCCUACCACUCCCACGUGGAUGCCUCGCGCGACAUCGCCUCCGGCCUUGUCGGCGCUCUGCUCACGUGCAAGAGAGGCAUCCUUGACCCCGUGACCUCCAAGCGGCGAGACGUGGACCAGGAGUUCGUGGUCAUGUUUGCCAUCGUGAACGAGAACCUCAGCUGGUACCUCGGGAAGAACAUCCAGAGGUUCUGUGGGAGCCCUGACAGUGUGGAUACAGAGGACGAGGGCUUCGUGGAGAGCAACCAGAUGCACGCCAUCAACGGCCUCGUGUUCGGACACCUGCCGGGCCUGGAGAUGUGCGUGGGCGAGCGCGUGGCGUGGCACCUGCUGGCCAUCGGCGGGGAGAAGGACCUGCACACGGCGAGGUUCCACGGCCAGACGCUCUCGCUGACCGGCGGCGUGCGCGUCGACACCGUGGGCCUCUUUGCCGCCUCCUUCGCGUCCGGGGAUGCCGUGCCGACGGAGGUCGGCGCGUGGCUGCUGACGUGCGGCGUCAAUCACCACGUGCACGCCGGGAUGCAGGCGCUGUACACCGUGAGGGACUGCGGGAGGGCGGCGCCCGCGCCGGCCUCGGGCGGCGAGACACGCCGGUACUUCGUCGCGGCGGAGGAGAGCGUGUGGGACUACGGCCCCAGCGGCGUCGACGCCUUCACCGGGAAACGCCUCGACGACCCCGAAACCGAGUCUGCCACGUUCUUUGAGCGGGGGCCGACGCGGCUGGGCGGCAGGUACAAGAAGGCGCGCUUCGUGGGCUACACGGACGCCAGCUUCGCGCAGAAGACUGUGCGGCAGGCCGGGAAGCAGCACCUGGGCCUCUUGGGUCCCGUACUGCGAGCCCAGGUGGGCGACACGGUGGUGGUGACGUUUGUGAACCGGGCGACACGGCCCUACAGCAUCCAGCCGCACGGCCUGCUCGUCACCAAGGACAAUGAGGGCAUCGCCUACACAGACGGCCGCUCCGAGGCGCAGCGCCGGGCGUCGCACGUCCCCCCGGGCGGCAACUUCACGUACACGUGGGCGGUGCCGCGGAGCGCCGGUCCCGCGGCCUCCGACCCCGACUGCCUCGCCUGGAUGUACUUCUCGGCCGUCGACUCGAUCCGCGACACCAACGCGGGGCUGCUCGGGCCGCUGCUCGUGUGCCGCCCCGAGGCGCUGGAACCCUCGGGAAAGCAGAAAGCGUUUGACGAGGAGUUUUUCCUCCUCUACACCGUGUUCGACGAGAACGAAAGCUGGUACCUGGACAAUAACAUCGAGCGCUUCGCUGGGAACGCCAGCGCCGUGGACAAGGAGGACGCCGGCUUCCAAGAGUCCAACAAGAUGCACGCGAUCAACGGCUUCAUGUACGGGAACCAGCCGGGUCUGUCGGCGUGCCAGGGCGGCCGCGUGUCCUGGAGCUUCCUGGGCGUGGGCAGCGAGGUGGACAUGCACGGCGCCUUUGUGCUGGGCAACACGCUGCUGGCGGGCGGGCGGCGCAUCGGAUCGCUCGGCCUCUUCCCGCACGUCGCCCGCACGGCGAGCAUGGUGGCACGCGUCGCCGGCAAGUUCGAGGUGGGAUGCCAGACCGCCGAUCACUACCUGGCCGGCAUGAAACAGUUUUACUCGGUGUUCCGAUGCUCGCGGCCAGGCACCGCACACCCUGGCGGUGCGCGGCGCCAGCGGGUUUACUACCUGGCAGCCCGCGAGGUCGACUGGGACUACUUUCCAGACGACACCUGGGAGAAAGAGCGACACGGGGACAACCCCGAGGCCAGCGACGCCGCCAAGUUCACUGCACGCGGGGACGAGCGGAUCGGCUCCGUGUACAAGAAGGCCGUGUACCUGGAGUACGAGGACGCGACCUUCACCAAGCUCCGCGCGAGACGCCCCGACGAGGAGCACCUCGGCAUCCUCGGGCCCGUGCUGCGGGCCGAGGUCGGGGACGAGCUCAUCGUGGUUUUCCGGAACGGGGCGAGUCGCCCGUACAGCGUGCACGCCCACGGGGUGGACGCGGCGGGGAACGACACAACCGCCACCGAUCCCGGAAAGACCCACACCUACCGCUGGGAGGUCACGGAGGCCUCUGGGCCUGGACCGAGUGACCCCAACUGUGUCACGUGGACCUACUACUCCAGAGUGGACCCCGUGAAGGAUGUCUACAGCGGGCUGUUCGGGCCGCUCGUGGUCUGCGAGGCGGGCGUGCUGGGCACGGAGGGCCGCAGGGCGGACGUCGACCGCGAGUUUGCGCUCCUCUUCCUCAUCUUCGACGAGAACCUCUCGUGGUACCUGCAGGACAACGUGCGCGCGUUCUGCGUUCACCCCGAGCGGGUCGACACCUCCGACGAGGGCUUCAAGGAGAGCAACCGCAUGCACGCGAUCAACGGGUGGCUGUACGGAAACGCGCGCGGCCUCCGCAUGUGCCGAGGGGAGAAGGUGGCCUGGUACCUCCUGGGCAUGGGCAACGAGGUUGACAUCCACACGGUGCACUUCCACGGGGAGACCUUCCUCUACAAGAAGCGCCACGAUCACCGGGGAGAUGUUCACGAACUCUUCCCCGGCACCUCCGACUCCGUCGAGAUGAGGCCCCGAAAUUUAGGCACGUGGCUCCUGCAUUGUCACCUGACGGAGCACAUCUACGCCGGCAUGGAGACCACCUACCACAUCCUCGAGGGCAAAGCCGGAGGGGCGCUGCGUCCUGUGACCGCAGUUGGCAUGACCAUCCUAGCUCUGCUGAUGGCCCUGGCGGUGGUGGCUGACGUUUAGGCUGCCGCCCUUUUUUCGACCGCUCGACGCGCUGAAUUUGUGAAUAGCGAAGCGCGAACACUGUUGCGUCAUCUUCUUGGUUCUUUCGGUAAAGUCACGUAGAAGGGAAAAAAUAAAAUAAUAAAAAUAAAACAUAAUAAAAUAAUUCUCACGACGUUUCGGCCACAACGCAAGCAGCUGUCCUCGGGUGAAGCAACAGGUCUGUCGGGAAGACAGCGUCUUAAUGAAACACCCCAGGCUUGGAGCGUAUAUCGUGAGAAUUAUUUUAUUAUGUUUUAUUUUUAUUAUUUUAUUAUUUCCCUUCUACGUGACUUUACCGAAAGAACCAAGAAGAUGAAUCCCUGCAGUCACGAAAGCUUUAAAUCGAAACUGCUGCGUCGGUUUCCACGCGAUGUGUGUCCAGGGUUGUUGGCCGCGUGUUCACGGCGCGAUGUUAACGGGGACCGGCAGCGAGCCGUCAAACGCGAUGUCGUCGAGAGAGGGGAGAGAGUGAGUGAGCCGCUCGGUUCAGUUUCCUGAAGAAGCUCAUUUUGUAUCGGGGCUAAACGUUGGACAUCGUCCUAGAAGAAACACGCGGUACAACUGUAAAAUACAUCGGAGAAUGAAGCACAACAACUGUAUUAUUUUUGACUUGUUACACACGCUAAGAGUAGAAUAUCAUGGAUUGCGGUUUUAAUGAAAUAUAUAUUUUUUAUAAAUAUCUGGGCAUUUAGUCUUAAUUUCUACCUGGUUUUUACACUUCCCGUGUGUUUUAAUCUUACCACGUAAAUUAUAUCCACUGAUCUGCCCCCCUAUGCUCUUGACGUAACGAACCCAGCAUGGCAAAUGCACGGAUCUCCAAUUUAGCCAAAUGCUUCUUCGUUGGUCAAUGCUGUUAGCGAGCACCCGUCAUGGCCAGAAUAACACACGGAACGGGUGUGUUAUGGGCCAACUCCACACCUGUGUGCAUUCGUCUUUGCAGUGCUGAAGUUUACUCACCGCAUCGGGUACUCGUUUUAUGGCCGAGUCAACCUAGGGGAUACCAAGGACGGGUUUGCACACGACUCUGUGCCUCCUGGCCUUGAUUGAGAAGCUGAUGUGGUCAUGUGACUGAAGUGGGAGAGGGGAAGGCCGCCAGGCGUGGUGCUGUGCACGUCAGCCUUAAUAGGUGCUCGCUAAGAGCUCUCGCAGCCUUAACGUCGUUGGCGAGAUGUGAACUACCUCGCCUGGUAUGGAGGAGGUUGUGGGUUCGAUCCCGACCCGAGCACCCUGCAUAUUUGGAGUUUGCGUGUUCUUCCCGUGGUCGUGUGGAUUUUUCCUUCGGGUCCUCCGGUUUUUCCUCUCCACAUUUAGAAUCAACAUCGCGCGUUUAGAGUAUUUGACUGCUGUUCAUUUCUACCUGAUGAGCCACUUCGUUUUGAGCUGUCAUUUGUGACAGCCAUGUCGCUUCUAAAAAAAUAGCUGAAUAGCUCAGUGGGCCUUACCUGGUAAAAUAAAAAAACUGUUUAGUUUAUAUUUUACCCAGCGUGCUAAAAACGUGUGCACUUUCGACAGUGUAAAACAUGUUUUAGUUUAGUGUUUUUAACAGCUGGCUGAUUUAUUUAAGUAAUAAAUUAACCCUUUUUUUAUUCUCCUAAUUAUCCUCUUCGUCAGUUGAGAGUGGAUGGGCCCGGGAUGGACAGAGACAUUGUUACCCCAACUCCCACCCCACACAACACACCCCCAGAUCUACCCCUAGAAUGUUGCUUGCUGCUUCCCCCACACCACCAAUAACCACACGGACCCCAGUCAGGGUGGGUAGGGAGCAUCCCCCUGACCCACACCGAUGCUUUGUGCGAGUGCCGGAGAGUUCCCCUCCCCCCUGGGCGUGUUUUUGUAUCCCCCUUCCCAGAGACCACUGGCGUGUUGUUAGUGAGCUACGCGCGCGCUUGCCUCGAUUUCAAAUAAAAAAAUCUGUACAUUAAAAAAUAAAUCUAUAAAAAAUUAAUUACUUGACCAAUUAUAAUCGGUUAAUUUACAAUUGCUUGAAGAAGACUGCAAACGUUGGGCGGGACAACAAAAAAGUGUCGCUUCUCUUCUCAUGUGUGCCGCUGGACGGGAGGUGAUGGCCAAGGCUUGGCAGCAUUACGAAACACCGAGUCACGAUUGCCAUGGUAAAUUGGACUCCCGUGGCAAACUUAAUUUCCAUGGUAAACUUGACUCUUCAUCACGGUUAUCUAGUUUCCCAUGGCAGCCCAGUUUACUCUGACACAAUCCUAAACUAUGGCCACUCUGCCACAUUUCAUCUUGCAACCCAGCAGCAAUCGAACCUCGUGGCGGGACUCGAAUAAACGGAAGUCAAAAUCGUAGUUAAUUAAUUUAUUUUUGGCGACUCCGUCCCACCGCGCACACAAACGCCGCGACCCGCCUGGCGCGGAUCGUUUUGUUGCCGUGUCGUGUCCAAGCGUAGCGGCGAGGACGAAUGCGCAGAAGAAACACAACUUUUAAACUUUGGUUAGUGCUUCGUGUCGAGUCCUCCUCUUACAUCAUCUGUCGUCUGAAAUGGAGCCAGCAAAAGUGCGUGCGUGUGGGGUGGGGGUUGGGUCGCGUAGCCCGCAUUCCCAGCCACCGCAAGCUCAAGCAACUUCUGUUUGGCCGCAUAGAGGGGGCUGCUAAACGGGCACGACACGGGCUGGAGAAGAGAUGGAGCUGAUGCGGUACGGGAGGAUGUGGAGCCGAGUGGACUUGCCGAUGACCGGUACCAGCGGUGUCAAGAUCGGCCUCUGUGGAGGAGGCUC